AUGGAAUAUCUCACAGUUAAGGAUCCUCUGGUGUUGUGGAACAAUUUAAAAGAUAGAGAUGACCACCUGAAGUUGGUCGUCCUUCCACAGGCACGUUAUGACUGGAUCCACUUGAGACUUCAAGAUUUAACUAUCAAUGAGUGUAACUCUUCCAUGUUUAAAAUUAUCUCACAAUUAAAAUUAUGUGGAGAAAAUAUCACUGACCAUGAUAUGCUGGAGAAAACGUUUUCCACUUUCCCUGUCUCGAGUAUGCUUCUGCAGCAUCAAUACCGAGAAAUGGGAUUUAAAAAAUAUUUUGAAUUAAUUUCACAUCUCCUUGUUGCUGAACAACAUAACGACUUACUGAUGAAAAACCAUGAAAGUCGACCUACUGGUUCUAUGCCAUUUCCUGAAGUAAAUACGGCAAAUUUUCACCAAUCUAGGCGUGAAAAAGGUCAUGGCUCCAAUCGUGGUCGUAGUCGAGGAAGAAAUUUCAAUCAUGGUGAUCGUCUUGCACUAAAUAAUAACCUUCAACACCAGUAG